AUGUUGCUCCCUGCCAAGUUCGCGCUGAGCUUGGCCGUCUUGGCCGCCGGUUCGCUGGCAGGCCAGGACAACGAGGACCUUGGCUCCGUGCUGGCCGGGAACGAGGACCUGACCCAGUUCUACGGAUUGAUCAAGAUUGUCGCGCCGUCGGACAAGGCCAUGGCAAACAUUGCCUACACGGCGCUCCAGCCGCUCUGGGACCCCGAGGACAGGGACAAGACGAUGCCCAUCCUGCAGUACCACAUCCUCGGCGGCGCAGUCUCCGUGGCCGCCCUCAAGGUCGGCCCGACGUACCUCGAGACCAGCCGGCUCACGAGCCCGGCCCUGACAAACGUCACGGCGGGCCAGGGCGUGCUCGUCAGCAAGCAGCGCGACGCCGUCGUCCUGACCAGCGGCCAGGGAGCGCGCUGCUCCGUGGUCCAGGCCGACAUCCCCUUCGCCGGCGGCCUGGUGCAGGUCGUGGACAACCUGCUGGUGCCGCCGACGCGCGUGGCCGCCAUGGCCGACGCCUUCCGGCUCACGUCGUGCCUGGGGUCGCUGCACGCGGCGCGCAUGAUGCCCGACGCCGCCGACCGCAAGAACGUGACCAUCCUGGCGCCCCACGACGACGCGUACAGCAUCGUCGGCGGCACGCUGCGCCGCCUCGACGCCCGCGCCCUCGCCCGCGUCAUGGGCUAUCACAUCAUCCCCGGCCAGGUCCUGUCCUUGGCGCGCCUCGCCGACGGCUCCCGCCACGCCACCCUCGCCGUCGGCGCGCGCGUCGCCGUCCGCCAGCACGCCAACAGCAAGUUUGUCGACGCCGCCCGCAUCGUCCAGCCCGACAUCCUCAUCGCCAACGGCGUCAUGCACAUCAUCGGCAGUGUCCUGAACCCGGACGCUGCCGCCGACGCCGCCGUCCCGGACCCCCGCCUCGCCACGCAGGCGCCCGUCUUUGCCGUGUCGACCGUCUCGGGCGUCUUUGCGAGCGCCUUGCCGUGCACGGCCGACUGUCCGGCGAGCACGACGGCGAGCGGGAGCGCUGGCGGCGGCGGUCCGUCAGAGGCCGCGCCCGCGACCACGACCUCCGCGACCGCGACCGCCGGCCCGUCGCUGAGAAGCCGUACUUCUCAUGCCGCCGCGCCGAGGUGCACCGCGCACUUGGUCGUUGCCGCCGUCGGCAUGGUUGGUCUGGGGGCCGGCGUGGCCUGGAUGUAA